UGCCAGUCGGUGAUCGGUGUUGCAUUAGUUGAUACCGUUUAAUUAAAUUCUGGCCUUGCUACAUAUAGACGGAGCCAAAGUGAAACGGCGACCGGCCGGAACGCGGUGGUUAAGUCCAGUCGGAAUGUCCAGCCGUCUCUCGAACUUUUUGUUAUCCUCCAGGCCUACAUGCCCGGGUACCCAGACAACAACCACCGUUUGCUGAGACGCUCAAUUUCGUAGUAUCUCUCCAAAAAGGGCACAACGAGAGGGUCGACGAAGAACCUGUUACGGAAAAUAAUAAGCUGAGCGAGUCGGUGCAGACUAGGUCAGGCGGUCAUCAAUUUUGCAUACAUUCGUGGUUAAGUUACAGAAUUGCGGAUAUGCCCGUGAGCUGACCCAUCAAAGCAGGCGUAGAACGGAGACAUGUCGUGGAAUCAAAAGGUAGAAAAAGAUGCUGAAAAAUCCAAACAAAGCAUCAAACUCACUGGAUUCACCAGGUUCACCGACUCGAACGACAAUGGUCAUGUCAACCUCGGUUUCAUCCCAGAUAACAUGUGUGAAACGGAAAAGGCUGAUGACAAACUCCGUACAGGGCCUAACUUCAACGUCUGGACGGGAGUGAACAUCGUAUCGAGGAGAACAUUCUUUAGCAAAAAGGUCCUGUAUAAAAGGCUUCCUUUUAUUUCCUAUAUUAAGAAUUACAACUCGCAGAUAGCCAUCUCUGAUCUCUUGGCCGGCGUGACAGUAGGCCUCACAGUCAUACCACAGGCUAUCGCUUACGCCAACGUCGCCGGCCUUUCACCACAGUACGGCCUAUAUUCGUCUUUCGUAGGAUGUUUCGUAUACGCUUUGUUCGGAUCUGUCAAAGACAGCCCUAUCGGACCCACGGCUAUCAUGGCCAUUCUGACUCGUGAGAAUCUGCACGGUUUUGGACCCAGCGGAGCCAUCCUUCUGUGCUUCCUCACCGGCAUCAUCCAGAUCGUCAUGGGAGUAGUGCAAAUAGGUUUUCUAGUUGAUUUCAUAUCUGGCCCCGUCUCGGUGGGUUUCACGUCCGCUGCAGCGAUUAUAAUAGCGACUACACAGAUCAAAGACCUGCUGGGUCUGACGUACACAGCGAGCAACUUUCUGGACGUCUGGGAUCAACUCGCCGGCCACAUAAAUCAGACGAAAAAAUGGGACGCAGUCAUGGGAUUCCUUUGUAUGAUUGUACUCCUGCUUUUGAGGAAAAUGAAGGACAUAUCUGUAGGACCAGAAGACGACACACUACGAACUGUGAGGCAAAAGACGUUGUCUCACGUAAUAUGGUUCAUUUCGACUGCUAGGAACAUUCUUGUAGUCGUCUUUUCUGCUUUGAUUGCGUACUGCUUCCACAUCCAUGGAUCGGCUCCGUUCGUCCUAAUCGGCAACGUAAAAGAAGGUUUACCCAUGAUCCGUACUCCCCCAUUCGAGCUCCAUGCCAAUGAUAAGACGUAUACAUUUUUAGAAUUAUGCUCCACUCUGAGCUCUGCCAUCGUCGUUCUUCCGCUCCUCUCUCUACUGGAGGACAUAUCUUUGGCAAAGGUUUUCUCCGAUGGAAAACCAAUUGACGCUACACAGGAACUCUUGGCCCUAGGAUUGUGCAAUGUGGCUUCUUCAUUUGUUGGUUCAAUGCCAGUUUCUGGUGCUUUAUCACGUGGUGCUGUCAAUAAUGCCAGCGGUGUCAGAACAACCCUUGGUGGGAUUUACACUGGUAUUAUUGUACUACUUUCUCUCCAGUUUUUUACACCAUAUUUUUAUUAUAUACCUAAGGCAUCAUUAGCAGCUGUAAUUAUAGCGGCAGUUGUUUUCAUGGUUGAAUUUCAUGUUGUGAAGCCCAUAUGGAGAACAAAAAAGACUGAUUUGAUACCAGCAGGAGCUACAUUUAUAUCAUGUCUCUUGUUAAGGCUAGAACUUGGUAUUGUUAUUGGAAUCAGUAUAAAUGUUCUUUUCUUACUUUAUGCAUCAGCCAGACCAUCUGUACAUGUUGAAAAACAUCCAAAAACAAAUGAAGUGGGCUGUGAAUAUUUAGUGAUUACACCAGACCGAAGUUUAACAUUCCCAUCAGUGGAAUAUGUGAGAAAUAUGAUUUCAAAAGCUGGAGCCAAACAAGGAGCUAGUUCAAUCCCAGUCGUUAUAGAUGCAAGGCAUGUUCAAGGAGCGGAUUUUACCGCAGCCAAGGGGGUCAAGUCGCUGAUUGACGAUUUUGUUAAAAGAAACCAGCCACUUCUUUUUUACAACUUGAAACCAAGUGUUGUCAGUGUUUUUCAAGCAGUACAACCAGUCAGCUUUCAACACUGCUCCACUGAGCAAGAGCUAAAGGCAGCGUUAAAAAGCUAUUGCAAGACAAACAUUAUUUAGACUUGACCUGUGAUGAGAUGCCUCACCCCAAGCAGAAAUAGUAGACAACGAUCAAGUUUUUUUUUUUAUAAUUUAUUGUGUAUUUAAGCUACAGACAGUUAUGCAUUAUUAAAUUUCUUAGUUGAGGCUACAACAAAACAGUGAGAUUUCUCCAUGUAGUCUGUGGGAUGAUUAAUCUGUAAUUUGAUUGUUACUGAUAAUUUUGGACUACCUAUCCUAGCUGGUUUGGUCUGACAGAUACAUUUCAGCAUUGUGCCAUCUUCCACCGACACAUGGGCACUGAAGAUGGUAUAUACCAAAACAAUGAUCAAUAACAAGUAUAGAAAACAACAAAACAACCUCAACUUUUGAUUUGAAUAAAAUGUAGUAUUUUUAUGAAUUCAAUCAUUUAGUGUUGUCAUUCAUUUUUAUCUUCUAUUUAUUUGUGACUUAUAUUAAAUUAAUGAAAGAUUGUUAUUUACAUUUGUGUUCCCUUAAAAUCAGAAUGUUGUAACAAUUGUAAAUAUACCUAAUUUAAUUAUAUUCUUGGGUCAAUCAUUUAUCUUUAUCGCAUUACAGACAAAUACAUUGCAUGGAGUAGAAAGAUGCUAGCUUUCAACUACUAUCCAACAUUUGCUGGGUUGUGCAAUUAUGAGGUGAAAGUUGAAUUGGUACAGAGUACAAUUUUGUACAGAUUGCAUUCACUUACAAUCUGAACUUAUUCAUAGAGCUAAAAACAACACCUCACAGUUUGAGAUCUAAACUGCUUUUUCAAUAAUAUAUUUUAAUCAAAUAUAUUGGAAAAAAAGGUAUUUACAGGUCAAAUUUAUAAAAAAUCAAGCAGAAAGAGCAAUGAAGGUAAUAAAUUAGCAACAGUAGUAUAAUAUUUACAAUUUAAUUUAUUAUAAAUAACAUUCAUACUAUUUUAAGUGUUAGCAGCAUUGGUUGGUUGUACAAUUAACACGUUUUCUUUUCCUUUUAUAUUUUAGACAGAUAUAUGAUAAUACUUUAUUAUCAAUAAUUUGCAUUACAUUAAUAGAUAUCUUUAAAGAAUAUGCAAUAUAUGUAUAUAAUAGACAAUAUACCAAAAAUACAUUUUUUUUUUAAGAUCAGUAAACAUUACUUCACUCUUUGGUCAUUACGUUUUUUAUUGUAAUUUUUAAUAAAGUUGCUACAAGAAAGGCAAUUGGAAGGCAGCCUAUGUUCCUUUUAAAACGAACAAGGAUUCAAUACAUUUAGUUAUCUUAUUAAUACAUCACAUAAAAUAAAUUGUUAUAGAAAUUAAUGAAUAUUUAGCCAUUUUAUUAUUUUGUAAAAAAAA